AUGAGAUCAAGGCGUGCCCGAGAGCACUCGCUGAAGCCUUCCUUACCGGCGCUGUUUUUCGACGUCAUGGGGAAGAUGAAGAAUUUGAGCAAGAUCGAAUGGAUGGUAAGGGGCGUCGACGAGAAUGCGGCCAUCGGCAGGGCCUUUAUCGAGGACGGGACACGGUUGCCUGGUGUGAAGCACCUUGUCUCGACCAUAAAUGCGCUGUGGAUUGUCGGCGCUUGUCCUUCACUGGCUUCUCUCGAAGCGAAACGCGAUGAUUUUGUCUGGGGAGAAGCUGCGCAUAAGAGGGAUGUGGCCUGGUUCGCUGCCGCAGGGAGACUCAAAGGCCUGAGGAAGCUUGAUAUGGGAGAAGUCGAGUGGACGGGCACGAUGACUGAUUGCGUACUUCGAGAUACCCCUCACAUUGAAGGGCUCCAUAUAGGUGCGCCAGCCCAGGACUUCAAACAUAGAAACAUCAACCGGGGAAACUUGCUGCGGGAUCUUAUAAAACCCCUCUCUCUUCUUCCCAGCCUCACGCAGCUUCACCUCCCGCGGUCCUCUCAACUGGAACUCGGCUAUGACGGGGGAUCGAUGUGUGAAAACGCAAACAUGGGCCAAAACGGUGCCAAAUAUUGGCGCAGUAACAUGGCUCAAGACCUUGAGACAACGGAGUUGGCUGGGAAGAUUGUUCGGCAGGAGUUCCCGGGGUUGCAUGGAGUCCACGUCGGUGGGUUCUGCGGGAACUUCACGACGGAUGCUGAGGCAGAGCAGGUCAUUACCUGGGAUUGA